AUGACGGAGGUGGGUAGUAUGGAUGGAACUAUGAGGAGGGAGGUGGGUAGUAUGGAUGGAACUAUGAGGAGGGAGGUGGGUAGUAUGGAUGGAACUAUGAGGAGGGAGGUGGGUAGUAUGGAUGGAACUAUGAGGAGGGAGGUGGGUAGUAUGGAUGGAACUAUGAGGAGGGAGGUGGGUAGUAUGGAUGGAACUAUGAGGAGGGAGGUGGGUAGUAUGGAUGGAACUAUGAGGAGGGAGGUGGGUAGUAUGGAUGGAGAUUAAUAAAGGACUAAAUACACGUGUCGACCGACGGUGAAAAGCAGCGUGUGGCCGUGUGAUCACCUGCUGGGUGUCGACCGACGGUGGUGAUUCAGCGUGUAGAAUUGGGAAAUAAACAGAAAAUGACCACUGAUUUUCUGGUCAGAGGAAGAUUGAAGCACAUGCACAUCUGGUGCUUUCCAUGCCAACAAUGGCCUCAAACCAUGUCAUACUGCAAUAAGAGCUCUUCAUCAUUGUCUUGAGUAUCUCUACAUCAAAAUGUGUUGCAAUAUAUGAAUGUUCUUCUUGCUACGGCUAGUGGUAAUAUAGGCUCAGUUGUGUGCUGCAGACUCCUUUCUAAAGCCAUCUGUUUCCCUCUCUCUGUCCCUCUCUUCCUCCAUACCCAUCCCUCUGUCUGCGCUCGCCCUCCCUCCCCCUCUACUCUCCUCCCUCUCAGGCUCGGCUGCGUUGCCAGGCAACAUGGCGUACUUUGGGAGUGCCCAGGAUGAUGUGGAUCUGGAGGAUGAAGAUGAUGAGGAGGAGGAGUGUGACGACAGGAUGUCAGCUCUCAGCCACAACUCCACUUCCUGUCCGUCCUCACAGCGGAAAAACAAAACAACGCCGGGGAAGAAGGUUUCCAAUGGACAUGGUACUCACUACUGAUCUACCAUGUUUGUUUUGUUCUCCUUCUAGUUCGCUCAGUCGCUCAGUCGCUCAGUCACUCAGUCACUCAGUCACUCAGUCGCUCCGUCGCUCAGUCACUCAGUCACUCAGUCACUCAGUCACUCAGUCACUCAGUCACUCAGUCACUCAGUCACUCCGUCGCUCAGUCACUCAGUCACUCAGUCGUUGGCUUGGCUUGCUCACAAUAACUCAGUCAGCCAGUCACUCACUCACUCAGUCACUCACUUAGUCACUCAGUCAUUCACUCACUCACUCAGUCAUUCACUCACUCAGUCAGUCAGUCAGUCACUCACUCACUCAGUCAGUCACUCACUUAGUCACUCAGUCAUUCACUCAGUCAGUCAGUCAGUCAGUCACUCAGUCACUGACUCUUUCCCAGACGUCGUUCUACUUCACCUAGUAACUGAGUAACAGAGGCCCAUACUGUAUAAUACUCCCUCACCAAUCAGAAGAAGCCUAGUGAAUUACAGCUCUGUCUCCUCUCACACCACGAGCAUAUACUGUAACAUAUAUAGUGCACUACUUUUAACCAGGAACCCUGGCCAAAAGUAGUGCACUACAUAGGGAAUAGGGUGCCAUUUAGCAAGCAAACCAUGUACUCAAUGAUCCGUGUCCACAAAUAGAGCUCCAUCAUCCUCCCUUCACACACACACACACACACACACACACACACACACACACACACACACACACACACACACACACACACACACACACACACACACACACACACACACACACACACACACACACACACACACACACACACACACACACACACACACACACACACACACACACACACACACACACACACACACACACACACACACACACACACACAAACACACAACCUGUAUGCAUAACACCAGGCGUUAUUCACUUCAACUGAAGCAAAGUAUACAUAUCUCUCACCCAGAGCUCACCCAGAGCUCACCCAGGGCCGUGGGUCUUAAAGGAGCAGCAUCUCUCACCCAGAGCUCACCCAGAGCUCACCCAGGGCCGUGGGUCUUAAAGGAGCAGUAGCCCUCACCCAGAGCUCACCCAGGGCCGUGGGUCUUAAAGGAGCAGCAGCCCUCACCCAGAGCUCACCCAGGGCCGUGGGUCUUAAAGGAGCAGCAGCCCUCACCCAGAGCUCACCCAGAGCUCACCCAGGGCCGUGGGUCUUAAAGGAGCAGUAGCCCUCACCCAGAGCUCACCCAGAGCUCACCCAGGGCCGUGGGUCUUAAAGGAGCAGUAGCCCUCACCCAGAGCUCACCCAGAGCUCACCCAGGGCCGUGGGUCUUAAAGGAGCAGUAGCCCUCACCCAGAGCUCACCCAGAGCUCACCCAGGGCCGUGGGUCUUAAAGGAGCAGUAGCCCUCACCCAGAGCUCACCCAGAGCUCACCCAGGGCCGUGGGUCUUAAAGGAGCAGUAGCCCUCACCCAGAGCUCACCCAGGGCCGUGGGUCUUAAAGGAGCAGUAGCCCUCACCCAGAGCUCACCCAGGGCCGUGGGUGUUAAAGGAGCAGCCAUGUUUGUACAGUAUACACACAGAGUCUCAUAUAGAACGUAUGGUUGGACAUAUAGAGCUGAAAGGUGCUCUGUGGGAAAGCCACAUGUUACUCGGAGCCAGAGUGUUGGUCCUGCACACGUUGAGGGAACCAGAGACUUCUACCAGCAAGAGCUCGUGCCAAGUAGGACACUUUAAUAUGCUGCGCUGGCAGGAGACCAACUGCUUAGUGUAAAAUACAGCUCCCUCAGGCAGAUAUAGAGCACCGCUUUCACUGAUUAACUGACCCAACAAAGAGUAUUUCUCUGUUUCACUAAUAUCUUACUAUCCAACAUUGGACACUUUCUUUUCAGUAGGCCUGUCAUAACAGUACUUUGAGUUUGAAAGCUGCAGUAUAUUCGAAUGGACGGAUUAGAUUUUUUAAUAUCACCGUGGGUGGUACUAUAUUUAUUUUGUUCCCCUUUUCCCGGAGAUAUUGAGUGCCGUUGAAAUGAAAGCGUUGUAAAAAAAAAUAUAUAUAAUUCUCACAGUUCAAAUAGGUGUUCAAAUAGGUGUUUGUUAGAAUGACACUACUGGGAGCUCCACAGUGAGUCACUGAAAGCGUUUGAACUGAUUUGACUAACACCGUCUUUUCAAGUUACCUUGUAAUAAUAAUCUACAUGUAAAUGUAACAGUCAUAAUACAAACAGACAUAUCAUGACAGAUAGGCAGUUGCAUCCCACUGGGCACACAUUGGUUGAAUCAACAUUUUUUCCAUUACGUUGAACCAACAUGGACUAGACAUUGAAUUGACCUCUGUGUGUGAUGGGUGAUUUGAAGGAGUCAGGCGCAGGAGGGUAAAUCACAGAAUACAGAGUUUAUUCCGGAAUACAGAGUUACGCAGAAAUGCGUCAAACAGUCCAGUGGCAAAACAGGCGCACUGGAACCAAACAGGCACACGGGGAAAAUAUACACCGGCAAUACAAAAUACACGGAGCUCAACCGAGCUACUCUCUCCUCACAUUAAACAAUCAGCCACAAGGACAAGGGGGGCAGAGGGAACACUUAUACAUGUACUAAUGAGGGGAUAUGAACCAGGUGUGUGUAAUAAACAAGACAAAACAAAUGGAAUGAUGAGAUGAGGAGCGGCAGUGGCUAGAAGGCGGGUGACGACGAGCGCUGAAGCCUGCCCGAACAAGGAGAGGAGGCAGCUUCAGAGGAAGUCGUGACACUGUGCCCAGUGGCCUAGCUCUUAACACACGACAGAUAGACUGACAAUGCUAUCAUAAUUAUCAACUUAGGCAUUGUUAUUCAAGUGUGAAAUAUGGUUUAGCUGAGAAGCUCCUGCAUAAUUUCAAUAGAAAGCCUAUUUUGUUUGUCCAUAUAGGACGUUUGUUUUUUUGCUGAGUUGACGGACCCUCCACCUCCAAACGCCCCCUUUUUCAGGACCCUGUCGCAAAGAUAAUUCGUGAAAAAUCCAAAUAACUUCACAGAUCUUCAUUGUAAAGGGUUUAAACACUGUUUCCCAUGCUUGUUCAAUUAACCAUAAACAAUUAAUGAACAUGCACCUGUGGAACGGUCGUUAAGACACUAACAGCUUACAGACGGUAGGCAAUUAAGGUCACAGUUAUGAAAACUUAGGACACUAAAGAGGCCUUUCUACUGACACUGUAAAAACACCAAAAAGAAAGAUGCCCAGGGUCCCUGCUUAUCUGCGUGAACGUGCCUUAGGCAUGCUGCAAGGAGGCAUGAGGACUGCAGAUGUGGCCAGGGCAAUAAAUUGCAAUGUCCGUACUGUGAGACGCCUAAGACAGUUGACAGUGAGAGGAAGUUUCUUUUUUUGCUGAGUUUAGUAUGGUGUUUACGGUUUGUUAAUUACACAUUCAGUGUGAAUGUGGCUUUGGCCACACCACUUUCAAGGUUAAUGUAAGGAUAGGUUAAACAGAAAAGUUGUAAAACUGAUGUUGAAGAAAGGCAGAUCUUCACAUAUUUUGUUAGUGUAAACAGUCCAUAUAUUUAAUUGUCCUCAUUCUGUGUUCCAGUUUUGAAUGGCCACUGCAGGUCCUUACGGGGGAAGGAGCUCAUCCUGAGGCCCAGAGGGAGAGAGGCUGUCCAGGCCAGAGAGAGGGCUGAGCGGGGAGAGGCCCGGAGGGAGCACCACAGGACCUCUAAAGGACCCCCAGCCAGGAACUCCGGCACCACCCACAGCCUUCGCCACAGCAGGCCCACCCAGGAGCACCCAAAGCAGGUACACCAGGGAGACACGGAUGGGCUGGGAUGGAGAGUACCUGGACUGAAUCCCAAAUGGCAUUCUAUUGAAAAUUCUCUAUGUAGUGUACUACUUUUGACCACCGCCUAUAGGGCUUUGGACAAAAGUGGUGCACUAUAUAGGGAAUAGGGUGCCAUUUGGGACAGAUUCAGUGUGUAUCUUAAUGGUCUGAUGCCAGCGUGCCAGUCUGUUAGUGUUGGCCCCAGUAGACCAUCGCUGCUGGAGGGUUUACAUUUCCUGUCCUCCUGGUACAGCUUCCUGUUGGCUACAGGCAUGUUGAUCUCUCUCUCUCUCUCUCUCUCUCUCUCUCUCUCUCUCUGUCUCUCUCUGUCUCUCUCUCUGUCUCUCUCUCUCUCUCUCUCUGUCUCUCUCUCUCUCUCCUCUCUCUCUCUCUCUCUCUCUCUCUCUCUCUCUCUCUCUCUCUCUCAUAAACCAGACUUCCCCUUCCCCUCUGCCGUAACUAACCCCUCAAUGUUUACAGAUCUGAUCUGUAAGGUUUAAGGAAGCAAUAUGGUGGAAACUCCACUACACUGCUGACAUAGUCUGGUACACAUUGUUCUGUAUGGCACUGGGAGCAGUGAUGCCCUCUGGUGGGCGGAGUGGGAUAGUUCCUAAUUAUUCCCAGCAACUCUAAGCCACUCCCUGACACACACAGACACCUUAUGCAGAGGAAUAAUACUGACAGUUACUGGCUUUAUGUACAUAACCUUGGCAGACAUACAUCAUUAAGGAUAUUUAGCAUGAGUGCUAUUUCAAACACAUUCCAAUUUGGGUCUUCCGUCAUUCAGGUCUGUGACCCAAAUGGCACCCUAUUCCCUAUAUAGUGCACUACUUUUGAUUGGUGCCCUAUGAGCUCUGGCCAAAAGUAGCGCACUAUAUAGGGAAUAGGAUGCCAUUUGGGACGCAGAUCUGAUCUCCUUUGUGCAUCUGCUGUUGUAUAGGAGGGGUGCCAGAAGCCUCUCCCUGUCCUUGGCAAACCAACAGGUGACAGAUUGUCAGGUGUCCUGUCCACCUUGGACUGGAACUAAUCAACCACACCUCAGUAAGAGGAGAUCUGAAUUCUGUAAUGUUCCAGUACUGUGUAUGCUCAGAUUAAAACGUGGACCGAUGGUCAAUGAUAAAAUGUAUAGCAGCACUAGAUAUAGAAGGAGAGGACAUACUGUAGCGAGGUACAAAUGAUGAUGUGUGAGAUUUCCCAAAUUACUUUAUUUUUGAUAAUCCUACUUUUGUCUAUUGCAGGUUUCAAAAGUGAACAGGCUGUCGCGGGUAUCGUCAGCUACUGUACGCAACUCCUGUGCCAAAAAGCCCCCGGCCUCCCGAACACUGCCGUCCAGAACUGUGAAGUCCACAGCCGCAGCGCUUCCCAGGGGCCACAUCCCCUACACCAAAGCCAGACUUCUCAAAGAGGCCAAACUCACACUGGGCAAAAGAGCCUCCUCCAAAGCUCGCCAACCCGUGAAGACCCACCGCCGCCCUCACCCUCGCACACCACACUCCAACUCAGGAAAAGCCUCAAGCGGCGAUGCAAAGACUCCCAACAAACAGGAGGUACAAUCCAACAAGGCAGCCGGCGGGUGUUGCCUACAGCGAGUCAACAGGCAGCUUCACCCAUGCCGAUGUGGCGGUCAGCAGGUACUGCAGGGGCGUGAGGGCGUCAGACACUCCAAGAGACGUCUGGGGCUCCCGGCUGAGGAGUGUCCGACAGAAACACCGGAGUCUUCAACGGAGGUCAAAAAGGUCAGACUGCAGGUCAACGCCCCGGAGACGCGAAGCAGCAGGAAGGUCAACGUCCAGGAGAAGGCUGUGGCGGUGUCAGGCGGCCAUCUUGGUAAGGUCACGUCAUCCCGACCUUCCUCCUCGGAGCGAAGACCGAAACGAGCCUCCGCUGGCACGCUGAUGUUGACCCGACAGGCACAGCCCAUACCCCCUAUUGCUAAUACUACUACUACUACUACUACUGCUACUACACCACCAGCUAAUAACACUACUUCUAAGAAAACUUUCCAGGCCACUUCCAAGAACACUUCCCAGGGAACUUCCAAGAGCACUUCCACCUCCACUUCCUCUACCUCAGCAGCCAAGGUCAAACCAGGCACCAGCAGCCCAGCUAAAGCAGCAGCAGAACCUAAAGCAGCAGAGAGGCAGCGGGGACAGCGGGGGUAGUGGGGAGAAGAGAGGUGCAGCACCACCCCCGUCCCUGUCCCUAACCGAGGUGCCAGUGUUCAGACCCAGUCUGGAGGAGUUCCAGGACCCCCUGGUGUACGUGGAGGCGGUGCGGGUGCAGGCAGAGAGCUAUGGGCUGUGCAGGGUGGCGCCCCCUCAGGACUGGAGGCCAGAGUGCAAGCUGAAGGAGGACAUGAGGUUUGUGACCCAGGUGCAGCACAUCCAUAAGCUGGGUCGGCGCUGGGGGUCCAACGUACUCAGGCUGGCCUGCAUCAGGAAACACCUCCAGGCCCAGGGUAUCUCCAUGGAAGACCCACCGCUCAUAGGUACAUUUCUGCAAGACUGAUACUUAGGUUGCGUCCCAACUACUUUUGACCAGAGCCCUAUGGGGGUCCUAUGGACCCUGGUCAAAAGUAGUGCACUAUAUAGGGGAAAGGGUGCCAUUUGGGUGCCACUAAUGUUUAAUGUAAAAUACAUUUUGGGAGCAGACACAUCAUGUUAUUCUAGUACAGUUUUACUUUAUUCUAAUACAGUUUCAUGUUAUUCUAGUACAGUUUUACUUUAUUCUAAUACAGUUUCAUGUUAUUCUAGUACAGUUUUACUUUAUUCUAAUACAGUUUCAUGUUAUUCUAGUACAGUUUUACUUUAUUCUAAUACAGUUUCAUGUUAUUUGAGUACAGUUUUACUUUAUUCUAAUACAGUUUCAUGUUAUUCUAGUACAGUUUCAUGUUAUUCUAGUACAGUUUCAUGUUAUUCUAGUACAGUUUCAUGUUAUCCUAGUACAGUUUUACUUUAUUCUAGUACAGUUUCAUGUUAUUCUAAUACAGUUUCAUGUUAUCCUAGUACAGUUUCAUGUUAUCCUAGUACAGUUUUACUUUAUUCUAGUACAGUUUUACUUUAUUCUAGUACAGUUUCAUGUUAUUUGAGUACAGUUUAACUUAAUUCUAGUACAGUUUAACUUUAUUCUAAUACAGUUUAACUUUAUUCUAGUACAGUUUCAUGUUAUUCUAGUACAGUUUCAUGUUAUUCUAGUACAGUUUCAUGUUAUUCUAGUACAGUUUCACUUUAUUCUAAUACAGUUUCAUGUUAUUCUAGUACAUAGGUCCUCACAACUCUACAAUGAGUGGCUAUCUAUCAGUUUCCUCUUGUUAGUGUGCUCUACUAUAGUCAAAAGGGCUGCUCCCAAAUGACCUCUGACCCAUCUCUCAUCCUGACCUCUGACCCAUCUCGCAUUCUGACCUCUGACCUCCCUCUCAUCCUGACCUCUGACCCACCUCUCAUCCUGGACCUCUGACCCACCUCUCAUCCUGACCUCUGACCCACCUCUCAUCCUGACCUCUGACCCACCUCUCAUCUCAUCCUGACCUCUGAACCACCUCUCAUCCUGACCAUCUUGCCCAUUGGCUGCUGCUGAUUGCUCUAAGUGUGUUUGUUAGUGAGACCUUGACUGACCUUCCUAGUGAGGAAGGAUUACAGUUCCUCUGCCAGCUGGCAGCUUUGAUGAGAUUACACUGGGAGAGAUGGGGCUGUCAGGAUGCCCGACACACACACCACACACACACACACACACACACACACACACACACACACACACACACACACACACACACACACACACACACACACAAACAAACCACACACACACCACAAACACACGCACACACCAACCAUUUUUUGAGCAAGGAGACCCCAUACAGCCAAGCUAUGGUGAAAAGGGAAGACAGACAGAUUGUCUUCAGUGAUCUUUUUCCUACUACAACAUUAUAAUGGUUCAGUAUAUUACCCACCAUGCUGUGCUCUGAUGGGACUUCUCAUGAGUAGAGUAGCUCACGCACACUGGUACUGGUCUGGGGGUUGUCAGAGUGUGUGUGUCUGUGUGUGUGUGUGUGUCUGUGUGUGAGUGUGUGUGAGAGUGUGUGUGUGAGAGUAGGUGUGUGUGACAGUGUGUGUGUUUGUGUGUGUGUGAGAGUAUGUGAGAGUGAGUGUGUGUGACAGUAAGUGUGUGUGAGAGUGUGUGUGAGUGUGUGUGUGAGAGUGAGUGUGUGUGUGAGAGUGUGUGUGUGUGUGUGUGUGAGAGUGAUUGUGUGAGAGUGUGUGUGUGUGAGAGUAGGUGUGUGUGACAGUGUGUGUGUUUGUGUGUGUGUGAGAGUGUGUGUGUGUGAGAGUGUGUGUGAGAGUGUGUGAGAGUGAGUGUAUGUGACAGUGAGUGUGUGUGAGAGUGUGUGUGUGUGAGAGUGAAUGUGUGUGAGUGUGUGUGUGUGUGUGUGAGAGUGUGUGUGUGAGUGAGCGUGUGAGAGUGACAAAUGGGGAAGGUCUGUAAGGGGUUUUACAGGCAGCAGACACCAUGGGGAGGAAGAGCAGAAGAGAUAUCAGCUGGGUCUCAAAUGACACACUAUUCCCUAUAUACUGCACUACUUUUGACCAGGGCCCAGAGGAGUUCUAUAGGGAAUAGGGUGCCAUUUGGGACUUAGCCGUUCUCUCUCUCAGGCUCCAAUACCUACAGGCCUCUGCUUUGUCAGAGUGGGCCUCAACAUCAAAUAGGAUAAUGGCUGUCUAAACCAGGCUGUCCUGUCUAACAGAGCCGUAUCAUUCAUUCGUCAGACAUCCACAGUCUCGCAUGUAGAAUAUUUGGGUGUAAUUAGUUUGCAAGCUUAUUGUAAAUGUAGUGAUUUGUAGUGAACGUUGCUGCUUAUUCAGACUCCAUGUUUAUCAGCCCCAUCGGUCCUCUCUAUAUCGUCACAGGUGCAUACAUCCAUUAACCAGUGUUCUUCUAUCUUGGUCAUGGGGACCCACUGGGUGUGCAUGCUUUUGUUCCAGCCCUGUGCUAAUACAACAAAUCAACCAAUCAUUAUUAAGCCAUGUGGGUUCCCAGAACCAGGAUUAAAGAACAUUGUUUUAACCUCCUUGUUCUGUGUUCCCUCUCACCCUCCUUCACUCCCUCUCUAUCCUCCCUCCCUCCCUCUCACCCUCCUUCACUCCCUCCUAUCCUCCCUCCCUCCCUCUCACCCUCCUUCACUCCCUCUCUAUCCUCCCUCCCUCCCUCUCACCCUCCUUCACUCCCUCUCUAUCCCCCUCCCGCCCUCUCACACCCUCCUUCACCUUCCCCUCUCUAUCCUCCUCCCUCGCGUCCCUCUCAUCCCUCCCUUCACUCCCUCUCUAUCCUCCCUCCCUCCCUCCCUCCUCACCCUCCUGUCACUCCCCUCUAUCCUCCCUCCCCUGCUCCCUCCCUCUCACCCUCCUUCACUCCCUCAUCUAAUCCGCCCUCCCCCCUCUCACCCUCCUUCACUCCCUCUCUAUCCUCCCUCCCUCCCUCUCACGCCCCUCCUCUUCCUCCACAUCCUCCCCCUCACCUUCUCACUCCCUCCCUCCCUGCCCAGGCGGCUGUGAGUUAGACCUGGCCCGGUUCUUUCAGCUCAUCAACGACAUGGGCGGCAUGCAGCAGGUCAGCGACAUGAAGAAAUGGAGUAAGCUAGCCGACCAGCUCCGUAUCCCCAAGACUGCGCAGGUACUGUACCGCUUCAAGGUUGGGUCCCAAAUCGCAUAAACGGCACCCUGUUCCCUACAUAGUAGACUGCUUUUGACCAGGACCCAUAAGGCUCUGGCCUACUAUAUAGGGAAUAAGGGGCCAUUUGGUACCCAGCCACCUUGUGUUGACCAUGAUGCUGUUCUGUAACAAGCACUUCUUUCCAGCAUCCAUGUCUUGUAGUGUUUCAUCUACACCUGAAGUGGGUCAUGUUUUUUAUUCUACCUUUUUAUUUGAGACUGACUACUGAUGAAAACCAACUGCCAGCCCAGCUAGCUGCAUAGCUAAGUACAGCACUUUGACAUUUGAUGUGAACACUAACCUAUGCCCACCCUGUCAACCUUCAAAUGCAACGUAAUAAUGCCCUACCACCCAAACCACAGGAUCGUCUGGCCAAGCUGCAGGAGGCCUACUGCCAGUACCUACUGUCCUACGACUCCCUGGACCCCGCUGAGCGCUCCCGCCUGGAGAGGGAGGUGCUGGAGGAGAAGGGGAGGCUGGAGAAGAGGAGGGGGCCCCUGGAGGGCCACCCAGAUGACUCCCAACAGAGCCUGCUCCAGUUGCCCCGCUGUGAGCCCAAGAAUGGCCUGGUAAACGGGGUGGUGCAGAGGAACGGCCUGCCCAGGAGCCUGGAGGAAGGAGAGAGAGAGGUGAAGAAACAGGAGGAGAUGUGGCUGAGGUCCAGCAGGAGGAGGCUGUUCGCUCAGGAGAAGAAAGGAGGAGCGGAGGAGGAGGAAGGGGUUCUCAGCGACCAGCACAAGUGUAUAUACAGGGUAGGUCAUUUCAGCCUGUCUCUGGCCCUGUACACACUCAGGUUGAACAACUGAUGUUUAGCCCAACAAAUUUAGCACAACAAAUGUGAUACAACAGAGUUUUUCUGGACAAAAAAUAAUUACACAAGCAUAGUGGAGGCACUACACAACGCUUGUGUAAAUAUUGUUGCGCAAACGUGUGUGAAGAAUCUAUUGGUAGCAGAGUCUAUUGGUUAAUGAGCUCUGUGGUAGCUGUGUGUGUGCAGAGUGAAUACAGUGCAGCACUGUCAAUACAGUCUAUUGGUUAAUGAGCUCUGUGGUAGCUGUGUGUGUGCAGAGUGAAUACAGAGCAACACUGUCAAUACAGUGUGUAUAGCUGUUAGUGCCUGGAGGCAGAACUACACUAUCCCUGGUUCAGUUGCUCUCACAUCUAAUAUAGGUCACUGCACAUCUGCAAGCACAGAGGCCAAACACACAAUCAGACACACGCGCGCACACACACCUCAUUUUGACAACACGUCACCCCAUGUCAACUUAUCACUGUCAGUAUUUCUGUCUUCAUGCUCCAUGAUGCUCUUCUGUUGCUCACAGUUCUCUUAUAAGUAGUAUCAGUUAGUUCUGCUGUAGUAUCAGUUAGUUAUCCUGUAGGAUCAGUUAGUUCUGCUGUAGGAUCAGUUAGUUCUGCUGUAGUAUCAGUUAGUUCUGCUGUAGGAUCAGUUAGUUCUGCUGUAGUAUCAGUUAGUUCUCCUGUAGUAUCAGUUAGUUCUCCUGUAGUAUCAGUUAGUUAUCCUGUAGGAUCAGUUAGUUCUGCUGUAGUAUCAGUUAGUUCUCCUGUAGUAUCAGUUAGUUCUCCUGUAGUAUCAGUUAGUUCUCCUGUAGUAUCAGUUAGUUCUCCUGUAGUAUCAGUUAGUUCUCCUGUAGUAUCAGUUAGUUCUACUGUAGUAUCAGUUAGUUCUCCUGUAGUAUCAGUUAGUUCUCCUGUAGUAUCAGUUAGUUCUCCUGUAGUAUCAGUUAGUUCUCCUGUAGUAUCAGUUAGUUCUCCUGUAGUAUCAGUUAGUUCUACUGUAGUAUCAGUUAGUUCUACUGUAGUAUCAGUUAGUUCUGCUGUAGUAUCAGUUAGUUCUCCUGUAGUAUCAGUUAGUUCUCCUGUAGUAUCAGUUAGUUCUCCUGUCCUGUAGUAUCAGUUAGUUCUCCUGUAGUAUCAGUUAGUUCUGCUGUAGUAUCAGUUAGUUCUCCUGUAGUAUCAGUUAGUUCUCCUGUAGUAUCAGUUAGUUCUCCUGUAGUAUCAGUUAGUUCUCCUGUAGUAUCAGUUAGUUCUCCUGUAGUAUCAGUUAGUUUUGCUGUAGUAUCAGUUAGUUCUCCUGUAGUAUCAGUUAGUUCUCCUGUAGUAUCAGUUAGUUCUCCUGUAGUAUCAGUUAGUUCUCCUGUAGUAUCAGUUAGUUCUCCUGUAGUAUCAGUUAGUUCUCCGGUAGUAUCAGUUAGUUCUCCUGUAGUAUCAGUUAGUUCUACUGUAGUAUCAGUUAGUUCUCCUGUAGUAUCAGUUAGUUCUCCUGUAGUAUCAGUUAGUUCUCCUGUAGUAUCAGUUAGUUCUCCUGUAGUAUCAGUGUCACACUCUGGCUCUGGGACUUUUUAGGUUGAGUCAGGGUGUGUAGAUUUCCGUGUGUUUUGUACUGUGUUUAGUGUCUAGGUGUUCUCGUUCUAUGUUUGGUCAGUGACUCCCAAUCGGAGGUAACGAGUGUCAGCUGUCGGCUCGUUAUCUCUGAUUGGGAGCCAUAUUUAAACUGUCUGUGUUCACCUUGUGGUUGUGGGUUUUUGUUCCGUGUUCCUGUUCAGUCAUUGUCACUGUGGACUUCACGUAUCGUCAUUUGUUUUGUGGUUUUCGUGUUAAGCUUUAUUUAAUAAAGUCAUGUUCGCUCAACGCGCUGCGCUUUGGUCUACUCCUUACCAAGACGAUCGUGACAGAAAAACCCACCUUAACCAGACCAAGCAGCGUGUUCAGGAGCCAUCGCUGGCAGAUCGCCGUGGAAACCUCGACUGGAUCAAGCAGCGGGACGAGGAGAGAGGAUGGACGUGGCAGGAGAUGAUUGCGAGUCUGGCAAGAGGGAGAGAGGCCUGGGCCACGGGGAGGAGAGACCCCCAGGAAAUUUUUAGGGGGGGGCUCACGACGUCGGGGCAGCAGGUGUACGGGUUAGAGCGGUGCAAAGCGUUGGCAGAGAGGGCCGCCAGGUUAGGGGGGCCACUGGGCACAGAGGAGAGGGAAAGUGUGGAGGCACGGCGAGGGGUACUGGGAUGUGUUACCAGUCCGGUCCGGCCCGUUCCUGAUCCCUGCGUGGAGCCAGUGGUGUGUGUCCCCAGUACGGUUCGGCCUGUUCCUGCCAUUCCCACCAAGGCAGUGGUGCGCGUCGUCAGCCCAGCCCGGCCUGUUCCUGCUUUACGCACAAAGCCUACGGUGUGCGUCGCCAGCCCAGCCCGGCCUGUUCCUGCUCCACGUACGAAGCCUACGGUGUGCGUCGCCAGCCCAGCCCGGCCUGUUCCUGCUCCACGCACCAAGCCUACGGGGUGCGUCUCCAGCCCAGCCCGACCUGUUCCUGCCACUCGCACCAAACCUACGGUGCGCGUCGCCAGCCCGGCCCGGCCUGUUCCUGCCACUCGCACCAAGCCAAGGGUGCGAGUCGUCAGCCUGGUCCAGCCCGUUCCUGCUACUCGCACCAAGCCAAGGGUGCGAGUCGUCAGCCUGGUCCAGCCCGUUCCUGCUACUCGCACCAAGCCAAGGGUGCGAGUCGUCAGCCUGGUCCAGCCCGUUCCUGCUACUCGCACCAAGCCAAGGGUGCGAGUCGUUAGCCUGGUUCAGCUCGUCCCUGCUACUCGCACCAAGCCAAGGGUGCGAGCCGUCAGCCUGAUCCAGCCCAUUCCUGUUACUCGCACAAAGCCAGGGAUGCGAGUCGUCAGCCUGGUGAGGCCCGUUCCGGCUCUACGCAUCAAGCCUAGGGUGCGUAUCGUCAGCCAGGUCCGGUCCGUUCCUGCCUCACGCGCCAAGCCAGGGGUGCGCGUCGUCAGUCCAGAUCCUACCAGCUGGGUCAGAUCGGACCGGGGGCGCUACGGGGGGAUUGAAGAAGGGUGGUGGUCAAGCCCGGAGCCGGAGCCGCCUCCGAGGAGCAACACCCACCCAGCCCUCCCCUAUUUGGGGUGUAGGCGCGGUCGGAGUCCGCGCCUUUAGGGGGGGGUACUGUCACACUCUGGCUCUGGGACUUUUUAGGUUGAGUCAGGGUGUGUAGAUUUCCGUGUGUUUUGUACUGUGUUUAGUGUCUAGGUGUUCUCGUUCUAUGUUUGGUCAGUGACUCCCAAUCGGAGGUAACGAGUGUCAGCUGUCGGCUCGUUAUCUCUGAUUGGGAGCCAUAUUUAAACUGUCUGUGUUCACCUUGUGGUUGUGGGUUUUUGUUCCGUGUUCCUGUUCAGUCAUUGUCACUGUGGACUUCACGUAUCGUCAUUUGUUUUGUGGUUUUCGUGUUAAGCUUUAUUUAAUAAAGUCAUGUUCGCUCAACGCGCUGCGCUUUGGUCUACUCCUUACCAAGACGAUCGUGACAAUCAGUUAGUUCUCCUGUAGUAUCAGUUAGUUCUCCUGUAGUAUCAGUUAGUUCUCCGGUAGUAUCAGUUAGUUCUCCGGUAGUAUCAGUUAGUUCUCCUGUAGUAUCAGUUAGUUCUCCUGUAGUAUCAGUUAGUUCUCCUGUAGUAUCAGUUAGUUCUACUGUAGUAUCAGUUAGUUUUCCUGUAGUAUCAGUUAGUUCUCCUGUAGUAUCAGUUAGUUCUACUGUAGUAUCAGUUAGUUCUGCUGUAGUAUCAGUUAGUUCUCCUGUAGUAUCAGUUAGUUCUCCUGUAGUAUCAGUUAGUUUUCCUGUAGUAUCAGUUAGUUCUCCUGUAGUAUCAGUUAGUUCUACUGUAGUAUCAGUUAGUUCUCCUGUAGUAUCAGUUAGUUCUCCUGUAGUAUCAGUUAGUUCUCCUGUAGUAUCAGUUAGUUCUACUGUAGUAUCAGUUAGUUAUCCGGUAGUAUCUGUUACAGUUCUCCUGUAAUAUCAAUUACUUAUAGCGUUUAAUCUCUCCGUUUGACUUCCUACUUUUUUAAUUAAACCUGGCUCGUAGGGAGUAUUCUGUCUGUGAAUGCCAGCAUAGCUGGGUCCAUAUUAAAUAAAUAUAUUGGGCCAUAAUAAGAAAUACAGCAAUCUCCUCCACACAUGUGGGAAAGCUUACAGUGACUGACUGUAGUCCAACAAACCAGGUAUUGUCCUGGUGUCACGAUCGUCUAAGGAGGAGGACCAAGGCGCAGCGUGAUGAACAAACAUACUUUAAUUAGUUAAAGUUUAAACAAUACAAAACAAGAAACGACUCGUGAAAUCCACGGUAUCAAUGACCGAACACGGAACAAAAACCCACAAACACAAAGGGAAAACAGACAGUUUAAAUAUGGCUCCCAAUCAGAGAGAACCAGCCAACAGCUGACACUCGUUGCCUCUGAUUGGGAGUCACUCAGGCAAACAUAGAAUACAACAAACUAGAAUGAACACCACAGAAUGAACACACCCUGGCUCAACAUAUAGAGUCCCAGAGCCAGGGUGUGACAGUACCCCCCCCCUAAAGGCGCGGACUGCGACCGCGCCUCAACUAAACAAAACAGGGGAGGGCUGGGCGGGCAUACCUCCUCGGCGGCGGUUCUGGCUCCGGCCUUGACCACCACCCUCCAAUACACCCCCCAUAGCGCCCCUGGUCCAGUCUGGCCCCGCCGGCUGGAGCCGAACUGGACUUAGCAGGAGCGGUUAGCUUCAGCUCCAUAGUGGAGCAGUUGACCGGUACCUUACCAGGCACCGGUGACCCAGGCACGGGUUGUGCUGGACUGACGACGCGCACCCCUGGCUUGGUGCGUGGAGGAGGAACGGGCCUUACCAGGCUGACGACGCGCACCCCUGGCUUGGUGCGUGGAGGAGGGACGGGCCUUACCAGGCUGACGACUCGCACCCCUGGCUUGGUGCGUGGAGGAGGGACGGGCCUUACCAGGCUGACGACUCGCACCCCUGGCUUGGUGCGAGUGGCAGGAACAGGCCGGGUCGGGCUGGCGACGCGCACCGUAUACUUGGUGCGAGUGGCAGGAACAGGCCGGGCCGGGCUGGCGACGCGCACCGUAUACUUGGUGCGAGUGGCAGGAACAGGCCGGGCCGGGCUGGCGACGCGCACCGUAUACUUGGUGCGAGUGGCAGGAACAGGCCGGGCCGGACUGGCGACGCGCACCGUAUACUUGGUGCGAGUGGCAGGAACAGGCCGGGCCGGGCUGGCGACGCGCACCGUAUACUUGGUGCGAGUGGCAGGAACAGGCCGGGCUGGCGACGCACACCGUAGGCUUGGUGCGUGGAGCAGGGACUGGCCGGACUGGGCUGGCGACGCACACCGUAGGCUUGGUGCGUGGAGCAGGGACAGGCCGGACCGGGCUGGCGACGCACACCGUAGGCUUGGUGCGUGGAGCAGGGACUGGCCGGACCGGGCUGGCGACGCACACCGUAGGCUUGGUGCGUGGAGCAGGGACUGGCCGGACUGGGCUGGCGAUGCACACCGUAGGCUUGGUGCGUGGAGCAGGGACAGGCCGAACCGGGCUGUGGAGACGGAUAGGAGCCCUGGAGUGAAGAGCGGCCACAACCCGUCCUGGCUGAAUGCCUACCCUCACACACUCUGUGUGAGGCAUCCGCACAGGACGUACAGGGCGGUGUAUCCGUAACCUGGUGGCCUCCAGAAUCCGCCCCUUCUUUGCCUCCGUCAGCCCCGUCGUCCAUGCCGUGUGCCCCCCCCUAAAAAUUUUCUGGGGUUGCCUCUCGACCGCCCGACGACGACCCUGAUCACGCCGUUGCUCCUCUCUACGGCGCGCCUCCACCGUCUCUUCUCCCGGCGCUUCCUCCCAUGUCCAGCCCAAGAGCUGCCCCUGGACACGCUGCUUGGUCGUUGCAUGGUGGGUUUUUCUGUCACGAUCGUCUAAGGAGGAGGACCAAGGCGCAGCGUGAUGAACAAACAUACUUUAAUUAGUUAAAGUUUAAACAAUACAAAACAAGAAACGACUCGUGAAAUCCACGGUAUCAAUGACCGAACACGGAACAAAAACCCACAAACACAAAGGGAAAACAGACAGUUUAAAUAUGGCUCCCAAUCAGAGACAACCAGCCAACAGCUGACACUCGUUGCCUCUGAUUGGGAGUCACUCAGGCAAACAUAGAAUACAACAAACUAGAAUGAACACCACAGAAUGAACACACCCUGGCUCAACAUAUAGAGUCCCAGAGCCAGGGUGUGACACCUGGCACAUUCAUACAGGCUCUCAGUCCGUCUGUCCCUGCCUGGCUGUCUGUUGUGUGUCUGAGCUUACGUCCCAAAUGGUGCCCAAUUCCCUGUGUAGUGCACUACUUUUAACCAGGGCCCUUAGGGCUCUGAUCAAAAGCAAUGCACUAUAUAAGGGAACAGGGUGCCAUUUAGGACACAACCUGAGAAAAGCCUCCGGAUGGAAGACUCCCCUUCAGCAGCAGGAAGAGGAAGGAAGAUGACUUCAUGCAGCACAAUGAUAUCCACAUGUCUCAUGUAGUUUUCACCCUCUCAAAGAAAGCUUUCUGUUCUUGGUCUGGCUGUUGAACUAACAUCCACGUGUCUCAUGUAGUUUUCACCCUCUCAAAGAAAGCCUUCUGUUCUUGGUAUGGCUGUUGAACUAACAUCCACAUGUCUCAUGUAGUUUUCACCCUCUCAAAGAAAGCCUUCUGUUCUUGGUCUGGCUGUUGAACUAACAUCCACGUGUCUCAUGUAGUUUUUACCCUCUCAAAGAAAGCCUUCUGUUCUUGGUCUGGCUGUUGAACUAACAUCCAUGUGUCUCAUGUAGUUUUCACCCUCUCAAAGAAAGCCUUCUGUUCUUGGUCUGGCUGUUGAACUAACAUCCACAUGUCUCAUGUAGUUUUCACCCUCUCAAAGAAAGCUUUCUGUUCUUGGUCUGGCUGUUGAACUAACAUCCACGUGUCUCAUAUAGUUUUCACCCUCUCAAAGAAAGCUUUCUGUUCUUGGUCUGGCUGUUGAACUAAUAUCCACAUGUCUCAUGUAGUUUUCACCCUCUCAAAGAAAGCCUUCUGUUCUUGGUCUGGCUGUUGAACUAACAUCCACAUGUCUCAUGUAGUUUUCACCCUCUCAAAGAAAGCCUUCUGUUCUUGGUCUGGCUGUUGAACUAACAUCCACAUGUCUCAUGUAGUUUUCACCCUCUCAAAGAAAGCUUUCUGUUCUUGGUCUGGCUGUUGAACUAACAUCCACGUGUCUCAUGUAGUUUUCACCCUCUCAAAGAAAGCUUUCUGUUCUUGGUCUGGCUGUUGAACUAAUAUCCACGUGUCUCAUGUAGUUUUCACCCUCUCAAAGAAAGCCUUCUGUUCUUGGUCUGGCUGUUGAACUAACAUCCACAUGUCUCAUGUAGUUUUCACCCUCUCAAAGAAAGCCUUCUGUUCUUGGUCUGGCUGUUGAACUAACAUCCACAUGUCUCAUGUAGUUUUCACCCUCUCAAAGAAAGCUUUCUGUUCUUGGUCUGGCUGUUGAACUAACAUCCACAUGUCUCAUGUAGUUUUCACCCUCUCAAAGAAAGCCUUCUGUUCUUGGUCUGGCUGUUGAACUAACAUCCACAUGUCUCAUGUAGUUUUCACCCUCUCAAAGAAAGCCUUCUGUUCUUGGUCUGGCUGUUGAACUAACAUCCACAUGUCUCAUGUAGUUUUCACCCUCUCAAAGAAAGCCUUCUGUUCUUGGUCUGGCUGUUGAACUAACAUCCACGUGUCUCAUGUAGUUUUCACCCUCUCAAAGAAAGCCUUCUGUUCUUGGUCUGGCUGUUGAACUAAUAUCCACGUGUUUCAUGUAGUUUUCACCCUCUCAAAGAAAGCCUUCUGUUCUUGGUCUGGCUGUUGAACUAAUAUCCACGUGUCUCAUGUAGUUUUCACCCUCUCAAAAAAAGCCUUCUGUUUUUGGUCUGGCUGUUGAACUAACAUCCACGUGUCUCAUGUAGUUUUCACCCUCUCAAAGAAAGCCUUCUGUUUUUGGUCUGGCUGUUGAACUAACAUCCACGUGUCUCAUGUAGUUUUCACCCUCUCAAAGAAAGCCUUCUGUUUUUGGUCUGGCUGUUGAACUAACAUCCACGUGUCUCAUGUAGUUUUCACCCUCUCAAAGAAAGCCUUCUGUUCUUGGUCUGGCUGUUGAACUAACAUCCACGUGUCUCAUGUAGUUUUCACCCUCUCAAAGAAAGCCUUCUGUUCUUGGUCUGGCUGUUGAACUAAUAUCCACGUGUCUCAUGUAGUUUUCACCCUCUCAAAGAAAGCCUUCUGUUCAUGGUCUGGCUGUUGAACAAACAUCCACAUGUCUCAUGUAGUAUUCACUCUCUCAAAGAAAGCCUUCUGUUCUUGGUCUGGCUGGAACUAACAUCCACGUGUCUCAUGUAGUUUUCACCCUCUCAAAGAAAGCCUUCUGUUCUUGGUCUGGCUGUUGAACUAACAUCCAUGUGUCUCAUGUAGUUUUCACCCUCUCAAAGAAAGCCUUCUGUUCAUGGUCUGGCUGUUGAACUAACAUCCACAUGUCUCAUGUAGUAUUCACCCUCUCAAAGAAAGCCUUCUGUUCUUGGUCUGGCUGUUGAACUAACAUCCACGUGUCUCAUGUAGUUUUCACCCUCUCAAAGAAAGCCUUCUGUUCUUGGUCUGGCUGUUGAACUAACAUCCACGUGUCUCAUGUAGUUUUCACCCUCUCAAAGAAAGCUUUCUGUUCUUGGUCUGGCUGUUGAACUAACUCCCCCAUCUGGUCGGCUGUGAUAAUCGUUACAUUGACAGUGGGUUGCGUCCCAAAUCGCAUCCUAUUCCCUUUCUAGUGCACUACUUUUGACCAGAGCCUGUUCAAAAGUAGGGUGCCAUUUGGGACGGAGGCAAUGUAUCAAAGGACAUAAAAGACUACUUCCUGUGUGGUCUUACUCGUCUCUGUGGUUGUGUUUCUGUGUCAUUACAUUGACUGUACAUCAAGACACCUCAGUCCAUCAGCUUUUACCCUCUUUGUUUGUGUCCAUGAUUUGCUGUGAUAAUCUUUACAUUGACUUUAUAUCAAGGGAACUUGAAAGGGACCAUAAGGUCUUACCCCUCUCUUUGUGUUUCUCUGUGGCAGGGGAAGUCGGUUUCUCUCACUACGUUCUACAGGACUGCCAGGAAUACUAUGAACAUGUGCUUCAACAAGGAGCCUGGGACGGCUGAGGUGGAGGUAAAGUCUACGUAUCCUAAACUACAUAGGUUGCACUACUUAGGGCCCUAUUCAGAUUUCAGACUUGAGAGAAGUUGACUUUAACAUGGACUUAAAUCAAAACGUUUUGAUUUGUCCAUAUUUUAUUGACUUAAAUCCAUGUUAAGUCUACUUAUUUCAAGUCUGAAUCGGCCCUUAGUGCACUACUUUUGGUCAGGGCCCUGGUCAAAAGUAGUGCACUGUAAAGGGAAUAGGGUGCUAUUUGGGACGCAUCCAUAUAAUCAUAAAGACUAAGUAGUAUAAUUCACUGUGACCAUAUGAAGUGUAACUGUGCCUUUGAGAUGACUGAACAGGUCAUUAACAUAUUCCUCCUCUCCUUUUGUCCAUCUCAGCCAUCCCACUGUGUGAUCUAAUAUCACUACUUGUUAUUCAUCUACAUUAAUGUAACAAACGUUUCUGUCUGUGAUUGCAGCAGGAGUACUGGAACAUCGUGGAGCAGAGGGAAUGUCACGUUGCAGUGCACUGUGGGAAAGUGGACACUAAAACUCAUGGGAGUGGCUUCCCUGUUGGAAAGUCGGAGCCGUUUUCAAAGUAAGGGCCGAUGCAUUAGUUAACAUGAGAACAUAACAGCAUUAUCCUAUCAUAUGAAUUGAGGAUUCUGAAUAUCCUGCUUAUUCCCUCUUGAUUCCGUGAAUCUUCCAACUGGGAUUUCUGGAAAACCUGGGAAAGUUACUGGAAUUUUACAACCCUAUGGACAUGCAUAAAAUUAUGUGUGUUCUGUGCUCUUGUCUCCACUCAAGACAUGGAUGGAACCUUACAGUCCUUCCCAAUAAUUCAGGAUCCAUCUUACGCCAUCUUGGUGCUGUGCCAGGUACUCAUCUAUACCUCUGACCCUCUCAUUUUACACAAGGACCACAGUCAAUUGUAGUGUAAUACAGACAGUUGUAGGUAGCUGCAGAGUGAACUGAAGGACUCUAUCAGCUUAACAACAGUUCCUUGAAUGUAUGUUGCAUUAAGUUUUUAUCUAUCCUCUUUUUAUUGUCACACAAUUCAAUUGUAUUCUGCUAUGAAUGAAGCGAACUUGAACAUACUAGAAAAGCUUGGAAGCCUACUAUGUCUUCCUCUGUGCGUCUACAGGAGUGACCAUUCCGUGGCUGAACAUCGGCAUGGUCUUCUCUACCUCAUGCUGGUCGCGAGACCAUCAUCGCCUUCCAUACAUUGAUUACCUACACACUGGCGCUGACUGCAUUUGGUAAGUAGUGCAGCCCUGCUCACUGCCCUGUCCCAGUUUAAUCCUACUGUCACUCUGGUUCACCACCUGCCACAACCAAUGGAGAACGAGCUCAGCAUCAGGUAGUCAAGCCUGAUCAAAUAGAAGCAAUGGGGAUUCAUUUAAUAGAACUCCCUAAGCGUGGUCAGUACGGUGUGAAGGAAAAGCUGUAUGGCUCAGUUGGUAGAGCAUGGCGCUUGCAACGCCAGGAUAGUGGGUUUGAUUCUCUCGGCCAUCCAUACGUAGAAUUUAUGCAUGACUGUAAGUCACUUUUGGAUAAAACCCAUCUGCUAAAUGGCAUAUAUUAUUAUAUACAUCAGGGAUUCUUGAAAGAUGUGACAAUCUCAAUUUUUCUUCCACAAAUAUUUGUCUUAAUAUUUGAUAGACCAAAUCAUAUAUUUUGAUAGACCAGCAAUCACACCAUGUAAAAGAACAACCUAAUUAUUUUAUUUUCUUCUCAUAAAUUGCAACUAACUGUAUUUAUGUCAACUCCGUCAGACACCAUAAAAGUCAUUUGAUUUUUACAUUUAUUGAUCAUCAAGUGUUUGAAGGCCUUGUUUAAUUCUAACAUUAGAUUGUUCAAAUAUGAAAUACAAAUUUCCAAACUUAUUUUAGUUUUAUUUUAUAACGCUAUAUAAUGCUCCAGGGCUAAUUUUGUUAGUAUUUUGGCAUGUUUUUCUAGAUUCAGAACGUAAAACAACAUAACGGAAACAUUAUCCCAUAUAUCUAACACAGCAAAUAUGUCAAUAGUUUAAGCAUGUGUUGCAGAACAGGGAUUAAAAUAUAUUUCAGAAUAUUAACCCAAAAAAAUCUUACGGGGGUUAGCCAUCAGUGACGGAGUUGACAACAAAUACUCAAAACAGACAUAUUUUCGACUCUAAAAAUAAAAGUUCAAUACAAAUAUUCGUAAAAUAUAGAAAAUGAUUCUUUCAGCACUCUGACGUAGUUGAUGUUAGUCAAAAAUAUUUUUUUAGGGUUGUGACCGUGGUGAUUUCUAUAUUGUUUGUUUAAAUCGAUCAAAAGUAGAGAACUUUCCAGACCAUCGGUGUUCUUGUUGCACUACAUGUAAUGAGGACAUGAAUAAGGGGUCCUUAUGGUAUAGCUGACCCUGCUCAUUCCUGAUUCAUUUAGGGUUUUAGACAAAUCUGACGGAGUUGACCAAAUAUCUGGACACAUUUUUUAGGAAUCACAGUUUUGAGAGAAAUAUUAUUUAAAGUCAGAGAGGGCUAUUGCAAGAAACUAUUGCCAGUUGUUAGAAUUUUAAACACUUUUUUGGAGAGUUUGAAAUUGGGAUCAUUUUCUCCAGACAAUGGCAUUUCCGGGCAUAGAGCCAACAUGGAAAUGAAUAAUAUUGAAAAUAUUUAGAAAAUUCCAAAAGCAAAUCUUUCCCCUUAUAAAACUCCCCUUAAAUGUAAUUGUUAAGCUCAAAUAAUGCAACAAAGUAAAAAAAAAAACUGCUAUAAAAAUCAAGUUUCAUUGCCGGACAAGGAUAUUGUUAUUUACUAGUGCUGUUACGUGUCCACUAUCUUGAACAUGUCAUCAUAUAGUGAUACACAAUUAGACCCUAAUAAUAACUCAUGUAACCCGGGGUCCAGGUACUGUAUUCCUGCUGAGGAGAAGAUGAAGCUGGACAAGGUGGUUCACACACUGCUGCAGGCUAAUGGAACCCCAGGACUGGAGAUGUUGGAGAAGAACAUCAUGGUGAGACAGCAGGAUACACAGGGAACACAUACAGUAUAAACAUGGACUACAUAAACACUGUGCCUACACACACAGGGCUCUGGUGAAAAGUACUGCACUAUAUAGGGAAACAGGGUGCAAGUAGUGCACUAUAUCGUGAAUAGGGUGCCAUUUGGGGUGCGGCCUUGGUCGUCAGGUAAUAUAUGUUCUCUCUCUCCCUCCAGAUCUCUCCGGAGGUGCUGUGUCGAGCGGGGGUCAAAGUGCACCGGACCGUCCAGCAGAGUGGCCAGUUCGUCGUCUGUUUCCCGGGAGCGUUCGUCUCCAAGGUGUGCUGUGGCUACAGCGUCUCCGAGACAGUGCACUUCGCCACCCCCCAGUGGCUGAACACGGGAUACCAGGCUGCCAAGGUUGGAGCCCCCGUUGUAUCAAUACUUGAAGGAAAAUACAUUAGUUCAAAGAAGAGUAUAGUUUAAUUCAGAGCAUAAUUUAUUAUUAUUAUUAUUAUGUUACCUGCCAUGCUAACAUUACUGUAGUAUUUAGUAUAUUGUCACUAGUGGUUGGCAUUGGCAUGUUAAAUGUUUUCACAGAUUAAGUUGUAAGAUCAGUUUGUGUAGUUUAUUGGUCUUCAGCAUUAUUACAGAUUACUUUGCUGUUACAAUAAAUAAAUAGAUAUAUAUUGUUAAAUAAAUAAGACAACUUCAAAAUGCUAUGUCUUUGCUAAAAUUAACGAAAAUCCAUUUUCGUUUAGGAGUCUGACCACAUAGAGAAUGAGCUCCUGUACCAGUCCUGUACAUCUUGGGGGUGGCCAGUUUGACUGAGUUCCAGUCCUGUACAUCUUGGGGUGGCCAGUUUGACUGAGUUCCAGUCCUGUACAUCUUGGGGUGGCCAGUUUGACUGAGUUCCAGUCCUGAAAGCUCCUCACGGAGGGGUGGUAACCAGGCUCUAAAGUCUGACUUAACCAGCUUCCUGGCAAAGUGAACGCAUAGUUUAGUCAGUCAGUCAAUCUGUCUUUUAUCAGUCAGUCAUUCAGAUAGAGUGGACAAACGGAGGGCAGAGUGGCUCUGUGCACCCGGUGUUCCGCCGGUCAAUUCAGUAUCAAAGAUUCUGUUAUUCACAUGGAUCUUAGUUCCCUACACAUCUACUGCAUGAAAGGAGAGAUUUGCGAGGGUUUACCAAAACUGAGCACACCCUUUAAUCUGAACUGGGGGUAUGUUGUGAAAAGGCCCUGUCAUAUCAACAUUUUAACUAUCUCUUACCUCUCCUCCCCAGGAGCUGAAAUGUCGACGCAUAGAGAGGUCCUUCUCUAUGGAGAAGCUGCUGUACCAGAUCGCAAUGUCAGAAUCUAAACGGGAGAAUGGUCUCAUUCCGAGAACCAUGACCUCACUUCUCAAAGACCUCCGGUGGGUUUAACUAUUUAACCGAUGGCAGUAUUAUCAUUGGAGAUCACAGUCUCAAUAGCAGUAUUAUCAUUGGAGAUCACAGUCUCAAUAGCAGUAUUAUCAUUGGAGAUCACAGUCUCAAUAGCAGUAUUAUCAUUGGAGAUCACAGUCUCAAUAGCAGUAUUAUCAUUGUAGAUCACAGUAUCAUUGUAGAUCACAAUAUCAUUGUAUAUCACAGUAUCAAUAGCAGUAUUAUUGUAGAUCACAGUAUCAUUGUAGAUCACAGUAUCAUUGUAGAUCACAGUAUCAAUAGCAGUAUUAUCAUUGUAGAUCACAGUAUCAUUGUAGAUCACAGUAUCAUUGUAGAUCACAGUAUCAAUAGCAGUAUUAUCAUUGUAGAUCACAGUAUCAUUGUAGAUCACAGUAUCAAUAGCAGAUCACAGUACCAAUAGCAGUAUUAUUGUAGAUCACAGUAUUAAUAGCAGUGUUAUCAUUGUAGAUUGAUCAAUAGCAGUAUUAUCAUUGUAAAUUACAGUAUCUUUGUAGAUCACAGUAUCAUUUAGAUCACAGUAAUGGCAGUAUUAUCAUUGUAGAUUAUAGUCGCAGUAUUAUAAUUUUAGAUCACAGUAUCAUUGUAGAUCACAGUAUCAUUUAGAUCACAGUAUCAUUAGCAGUAUUAUAAUUGUAGAUCACAGUAUCAUUGGAGAUCACAGUAUCAUUUAGAUCACAGUAUCAUUAGCAGUAUUAUAAUUGUAGAUCACAGUAUCAUUGGAGAUCACAGUAUCAUUUAGAUCACAGUCCCAUCAUACAUAGAAUGUAAUGCUACUCUUAAAAGGGCAAUCUUUUAAGAGUAGUUCACCCCACUACAACGCGUUCACCCCACCACCUGUUGGAUAAACAGCUGUGGGAUGGGGCUGGAGAAAUGUAACCACUCUCAAGAAGUACAACAUGUACCUAUCGCAAAUCGACCCUUUCAACAACUUAAAAAAAAAAAGGAAACAGUAGCCAUUGAUUACAGACGAUACAUUCGUCUGCUCCACCUGUUCCAGGGAUACAGAGUUGAGACAGCGCAGGGAUCUGUUUGACGCCGGCCUGCGGUCCGUUGCCCGCUACUGUAGCCAUGACAAUCAGGCCUCGUCAGAGAGCAGGAGGAUCCAGCGCCAGUGGCUGAGGCUCGACCCCUCGGACCGACGCUGCCAGGUGUGCCAACAUCUCUGCUACCUCUCCAUGGUGAGUCGUUACUGGGCAUGGAAGGUUGGGCACAAACAUAGGCAGGGAUUCAAUCAAAGGCACGUUGUCGACAAGCACACUGCACGGCCAACAAUGCGCCCGAUGUUCGUGGAGAUGGCAUCGAUGGUUAACUCUGCAGAUGUGAGCUCAAUCGUAAAUGACCUGUAAAAAGACCUCUUGCCGGUAGUGCAGCACGCCUUUGAAUGAAUCCCUGUCUUACUUUAUUGUCCCUGAAGGGAAAAGGUUGUGGUUAUUGUAUGUCCUGAUGGCAUGCUCCUCGUGUCCCUGCAGGUGGUCCAGGAGAGUGAGAACGUGGUGUUCUGUCUGGAGUGUGUCCUGCUGUACGUACAGAAACACAAGUCCUGCCGAGGCCUCAAAAUGAUGUACCGUUACGAUGAGGUACUACACUACACUACACACUACACUACUACAGUAUAAUGCUACAGUACACUACACACUACUGCAGUACACUACUACAGUACACUACACACUACUACAGUACAGUACUACAGUAUACUACAAACUACUACAGUACACUACACACACUACUACAGUACACUACUACAGUAUAAUGCUACAGUACACUACACACUACUGCAGUACACUACUACAGUAUAAUGCUACAGUACACUACACACUACUGCAGUACACUACUACAGUAUAAUGCUACAGUACACUACACACUACUGCAGUACACUACUACAGUAUAAUGCUACAGUACACUACUAGAGUAUAAUGCUACAGUAUACUACAAACUACUACAGUACACUACACACUACUACAGUACACUACACACUACUACUGUACACUACUACACUACAACAGUACACUACUACAGUACACUACACUUAGACCACUCCUGAGUGGCGCAGUGGUCUAAGGCACUGCAUCGCAGUGCUAACUGUGCCACUAGAGAUCCUGGUUCGAAUCCAGGCUCUGUCGCAGCCGGCCGCGACCGGGAGACUCAUGGGCGGCGCACAAUUGGCCCAGCGUCGUCCAGGGUAGGGGAGGGAAUGGCCGGCAGGGAUGUAGCUCAGUUGAUAGAGCAUGGCGUUUGCAACGCCAGGGUUGUGGGUUCGAUUCCCACGGGGGACCAGUAAAAAAAAAAAAAAAUGUAUUCACUAACUAUAAGUCGCUCUGGAUAAGAGCGUCUGCUAAAUGACUAAACUGUAACUGUAAACUACACACUACAACAGUACACUACACACUACUACCGUACACUACACUACAACAGUACACUACAACAGUACACUACUACAGUACACUACACACUACAACAGUACACUACUACCGUACACUACACACUACUACUGUACACUACACUACUUCAGUACACUACACAGUACACUACACACUACUACCGUACACUACACUACAACAGUACACUACUACCGUAUACUACACACUACUACUGUACACUACUACAGUACACUACACACUACAACAGUACACUACUACAGUACACUUCACACUACUACAGUACACUACUACCGUACUACACACUACUACAGUACACUACACACUACUACCGUACACUACAACAGUACACUACUACUGUACACUACUACACUACUACAGUACACUACACACUACAACAGUACACUACUACAAUACAUUUACACACACUACAGUACACUACUACCGUACCUACACACUACUACCGUACACUACACUACACACUACUACCGUACACUAUACACAACAACAGUACACUACACACUACUACCGUACUACACACUACUACCGUACACUACACUACUACAGUACACUACACACUACUACAGUACACUACACACUACUACAGUACACUACUACAGUACACUACACACUACUACCGUACACUACACUACUACAGUACACUACACACUACUAACAGUACACUAUACCCACAACAAACAGUACACUACACACUACACACUACUACAGUACACUACACACUACUACAGUACACUACUACAGUACACUAGUACACUACACACUACUACAGUACUACAGUAUACUACACACUACUACAGUAUACUACACACUAGUACACUACACUACUACAGUACACUACACACUACUACAGUACACUACACACUACUACAGUACACUACACUACUACAGUACACUACACACUACUACAGCACACUGGUCUCAAUUCUUUCUAACAUUUGAUGUAACCUUAUUUAAGCAGGAGUGAAAAUCUGCAGAACAUGAAAGCAGUUCAGCUCAACACCAUCAUUACAUUCCUAGUCCAGAUCCCCAUUAUUAGUCUGUAGGAGGAGGUUAAUUACUACACCCACUCUUCAUGUCAACCCAAAUUCUUCUUCUAAUUCCCCUUCCUCUCAGGACCAAAUCAACCAUCUGGUGAGCAGGGUGUGUGGGAGAGUGCAGGAGAGGAGAGGGACGAGAGGACUCCAGGGCCCCGGGGAGACGUCGCCCCCGGCCAAACGCAGCCCCCGAAACAGAACCUCCAUCACAGUGUCUCUCACCCGCCUCCCCUCCUCCACCCUGCCCAAGACCGCCCUCGGCUCUAAAUAACUCACAUCGUCGGCCGCGCUCCAAUACUUCACAUCCUUCCUUCCUGGGUUCUUUGAGGUAAAACACAGAUCUACAAUUGGUUAGGUUA